AUGGUGGGUGUUAGCAACGUAGAUUUCGAUUUGGUGAAAGAGGUUAAGGAAUUCGACGAAAAAAAAACGGGAGUGAAGGGUCUGGUGGAUGCGGGAGUGAAGGAGAUUCCCCGUCUUUUCGUGCAUCCACAGGAGAUCAUAGACAGUUACCCGACAGCCAAGGGUGCAGCGGUGAAGCUGCCCGUGAUAGACCUGACUGGGGCGGAGAGUGGGGGAGCAAGGCGGAGGAAAUUAGUGGAGGCAAUCGGUAAGGCUGCCAGAGAAUGGGGAUUCUUCAGCAUUAUCAACUAUGGCAUUCCGUUGGAAACAAUGAAAGCCAUAUUGGAAUCUAUAAAUAGAUUCCACAAGCUCUCAGACGAGGAGAAGGAGUCGCUCUACACAUACGAGAGGAGCAAGCUGGUGAAGUGGAACAGCAACCUCCCCGCGCAGAAAGGCGAUCCUACUUGUUGGAGGGAUGUUUUGAAUGUUGUUUACACUAACGAUCAUCUUGACCCUAAUGAAAUUCCUUCAGCAUGCAUGCAUACUAUUACAGACUCAAUAUCCCACAUCGGUGGUCCCUGA